GAGGUGGGUGCACGCGCGAUUUUCUGUAAGGCGCGCGACCGCUGCGUGUUGUGGCCGUGCACAUUGUGAGCACAGAGGAAGUGAGGCGUAACGGUACCUGUUACCUGUUAUUUCCUGACCUAAUGGUUUGUUUAGGGAUGCCCGAGUAUUCCUAACCUAAUAAAACGAGCAGGUUUUGGCCUGGUGAUGUGGGUCCGCGGAGUCAAGGAGAGGUAGGGCAAGGACACGAUCGUUCCCGCUGGAGACAGAGUCACAUUUUAUCCGCCGCGCGGAUGGCAGGUUAUUUUCGGAGAAACGGCGCAUGCAUUUUGUCAGAUGGGGUGAGACGCAUCCGAGCAAGAAGGUCCCGAGACUGGACCGGUGGACAGUCUCGACACAGGACAUGUCAGCAACAACAAUAAUAACAACAGCAAAACCAAGAACGCUAAUGUAUGCAAGUCAAAAAGAGAUCAGCGACUGAGGAUGCAGGGGGUGACGGUGACCGGAGAGGCGCCCACACUGAACGGGGGAGGACGGGAAGAGCAACGUCCUCUCAAGCAGUCCCUAAGUGGUUCUCUGUGCCGGGAGUCUCAUUGGAAGUGCCUGCUACUGACCCUGCUCAUGUACGGUUGCUUUGGUACACUAGGCUGGUGCUCUCUCUAUCGGAUCACAGUCAUGGCUUCUGAUGACCAAGGUCCUGCCUACUACUAUGGUGACCGAGCCCGGCUCUACCAUGAUAGUCCCUGCUCCAAUGGAUAUGUCUACAUCCCUGUGGCUUUCCUGGCCAUGCUUUAUGUCGUCUACCUGGUGGAGUGCUGGCAUUGCUACUCAAAAACAGCCAACCUGGCUAAAGUGGAGAUCACUCAGGUGUAUGACAGGAUUCAGCGUCUGCAGCAGGCCACGCCAUGCAUCUGGUGGAAGGCCAUCAGUUAUCAUUAUGUACGGCGGACCAGGCAAGUGACACGCUAUCGCAAUGGAGAUGCUUACACCACCACACAGGUAUACCAUGAACGGGUCAACACGCACACCGCCAGUUCUGAGUUUGACUACUCUCGGCACGGUGUCAAGGAUGUGUCCAAAGAGCUGCAGGGCUUACUGGACCACCCUGUAACCCGACUGCGCUUUACAAAGUGUUUCAGCUUUGCCAGUGCUCGUGCAGAGACUGCCUACCUUACACAGCGAGCACGCUUCUUUGGGGAUAAUGAAGGUCUGGAUGACUACAUGGAAGCACGUGAGGGUAUGCAUCUAAAGAAUGUAGACUUUAGAGAACACAUGCUGGCAUUCCCAGAUCCUGCUCGGCCACCCUGGUACACACGCCGCUGCGUCUACUGGCUGGCAUCUGCUCUGCUCCUGUCCUGGCCUCUCCGUGUGGUGGUUGAGUACAGCACAGCCUAUGUUCACUAUCAUGUUGAAAAGCUGUUUGGUGAGAAUGAGGAUGCAAAUGAAAAUGAAAGUAGAGACAACUACCAGACAGGCUUCGAGCAUGGCUCUGGAGGUCCCACUUUGCACGUCAUAUCACGCGUAAACACAGUGGAUAUUACUGAACUGGAGUGGCACAUUCGCUGCAACCAGCAAAUAGUGCCCAGCUACUCAGAGGCCUUGUUAAUGGACCUUGACAUCAAUCCGAACACACCGUUGUCUGUUGCAAUGGCUGCCCAAAUGAGACGCAACUCCAGCUACUUCCUCCAGACCUGUCCUCGAUGCCGGAGGACAACAAGCAGCUCAUCUCUGCCCUCCUGGGUCAGAGGGAACAUGGUUAUAGGAGCCAACUCAUUUCCCAUUAGAGCAGGAGGAAGACUGACUCUGAGUCGCAGUGGCUUCUCCCUGGGACGCUUGCACGGGCCCCGAAACCGUCAUACCUGUCUUUUUCACUCAAGGAGUCUUGGUGGAGGAUUGGCAGGACGAGGGGAAGAGGGAAGUGGAUUUCUGGGCCUGGGGUUCCGCGGGUCUGAUGAGGAGAGAAGGGGUGUUCUAGAAGAUGAGGAGAACAAUGAGGUCGAGGAACAACGACAGAGGCAGGGAGAUGACAUAGAAAAUGGCGAGGCCAGAGGAGAGGAGAGAGACAGGCCCCCAGCCUAUCAGGAUGCUCUGUACUUUCCUGUGUUGAUCAUCCAUGGAGAAGAAAGCUGUCAUGGUGGACGGGAUAUUGAUACUGGAUAAUGGCUGGGAUCAGUAGAUAAUGUAGUUUAGAAAGUUUGCACUGGUGUGUUUAGACUGCAUGUAGAAGGAACUCAGGUAAGUGAAUCAAAGAGAUGAUACAGGGUCAGGGUUCACACAAGAAAAAUAGAGGCUAAACUGUAAGGUAAAACCUGAUGGAGAAAAUGUGUUAUGUCAGCAGUGAUCAAUGACUCGUCAGCAAAUGUUUAAAAACGAGACAUAUGUAGGUCAAUCUGUGUCAUGUCAAGUUGACAUGGACGACCCUUUAGAAGAAAAAAAAAAACUCUAAUACGCAUGAAUGAUUACAUAUCAGUAUCCUGUUAUUUUAUACUUUGCAGCAGCAUCAUGAAAACUGAAAAAAAAAAUUGUCCAUGUACCUUUUCACUCUAGGAGUAAUGUACUUUACAUGGAACCUUGGACCAUUUUACUUGAUCACUUAGUGAAGACAUUCCACACCUAGCAAUUUAUAAUUUAAGUAGUUCAUGCAAAACACCACUAGAGGUAUAACAGUAGCUAUACUAUAGAAAAGAAGUUCAGUUCCUUAAAAAAAAAUCAGAGCAAAUAGAAACAAAGUCGAAAGAUCUCAGGGGAAAAGAUCAUUUUUUAUUUAAUGGGGAAUGAAAGAGUGAUGGAAAAGACUUGUUAAGUGAGCAGGCAGACUGAUGGUAGUCCGUUGCUUUUUGUAUUUGUGCUGCAAUCAAUUGCAUUGCCUCAUAGUUGUUUUAAUUGCUUACACUACUUUUUUAAAAGCUUGGUGCUCAUGACUCCGCAGUCGUUGGCCUUAAAGUUGUUUCUAUUCAGCUCCAUGUGUACUGCAAGAAAAAAAGAAACCUGCAUAUAUCCAGCAUAAUUUUUAAGGCUUGCAUAGUUACAUAUACAUAUAUAUGAUUUGCAUACGCUGGACUGGACUAGAGGAAUGUAAAACGAUAAUGUUAAAUGAGAAGAUAACAUCAUUGAAAAAAAAAAUCUCAUAUGUCACUCUUCACAUCACCUGCUCCCUGUGCUGCUUGAACAAUGGCAGUUUUUGUCUUUUGUUCCAUUUAUAGCAGACUGCCCUUAAGUAUGUUGAUGAAAAAUCUAUAUAGAUUACUUCUAUGUCUAAUGACUGUCACUAGUGAAAACAACACAAAUGCCUAUAAAACACAAGUCAUGAUCCAGAGCUACACGAUUAACAUUUCAUUAGACACAAACCAGCUUGAGUCCAGGUUUACUGACUCAAAUCAGCAUCUACACGUAGUGUAGGCUCACUAGCAAGCACAAGUUGUAUGAUUUACAAACAGUGCAGGGAAGGGUGUGAAUGAAGACUAACUGUUGAGAAGCUCAUCACAGAGUAAAUGAAUGUACAACAGUGUCCUGCAUAUUUGAGUGGAAUUCACUCUUCAACAAAAUCUGGGAUGUCAAUACUCUCGAUUGCAUUUUUUUCAACAAGAUUGCUAUCACCCUGUAUUCACACUAGCGAGCCAUAAGUCACUCAUAUCGCUUGUAGUUUGUCUCUUAAGGACAUGUAGCAACUGCUACUGUUGUCAUUUAUGGGCAUGUUCUGUCCAGCAGUUCUAUUUAGUUCUAAUGAAAAAGGUAGUAGUUAGUAGUAGCAUCUAAAGCUUAUUAGUAAAACACAAACCAGUAUAAAAUUGGUAAUUUUUGCAUAGAACCAAACAUUUUAAACAUGUUUCUCUAUACACAUGAUUUGAUAAGAUAAUGCUUUGCAUAUAGGUUUGUCAUGGUUUGCUUCAAUUCUUGCUUAUCAGAAAUUCAACAGGAACUAAAAUUUGUAGUUGGGGACCUGAAGACAUUUUGCACCAUAUGUGCUAAAGGAUUGGUCCAAGGAACCCCUCAAGUCAGUCAUUUGGAUUUAUAGCUAACAUGCAUAGAAUAUAACUGUAAAAAUCUCAAUUUGAAUGUUGAAUGGUAAUCUGUUGCGUUGUUGCUUGCUAGUGUGAAUGUAGGAUUAGACUAGUUACUACUGAAACUUCCACUAGAACUGAACCUUAUUUGUGUGAUGAUCAUGAUGUUGAUGGUGAUGUUGAUAAUAAUGGUAAUUCUGGGGGCCACAUAAUAAAGUCCAACACUUAGAAAUGUGUUUAAUGAGUAGUUAUUUUAUUAACCACUGCAACACCCCGUUUUGUUAUUAUGCUGUUUGCUAGCAGCUGGAAAAAACUUCAGAGAUACUUUAGUAAAUGUUAAACGACUUUGUCAAAUUCUUACUUAAUUAACAGGGUCCAGCCAAAAUGUACUUAAGUGAAAGUAAAAAAGUUGCUCAUUUUAAAAAGACUCAAGUAGUAGAAGGGAAAAAGUAAACUGAUCUGAUGAAUUAAGUAGUCAUGUUUUCAUGUGAAAAUCAUCAUCGAGUC